AUGGAUCUAGCAAGAGGCGUCAAAACAAAUACCCCUGCCCCGCCACCAGCUCGGCAUGCCACCUCGAAUGACUGGGCGCGUUGGCGAGAGGAGCUCGCCCACCUAUGGAUGGUUGAGCAUAAGACGCUUGAAGAAAUACAAGACAUCAUGAGGCGCAGACAUCAAAAAACUUUAAGCAAGAAGCCGCUCAAGACUCACUUCAAAGAAUGGGGCUUUGGUAAAAACCUGAGUGGUCCUACCAAGGGUGCCAUGCUCAGGAUUCAACGUCGGCGCCAGGAGGUCGAGAACAAGCGCACCGAGUUCACCUGGAAAGCCCAGCGGGUGGCUCAAGAGAAACUCGAUCGGUUUGCCAGAUCUCAUCAAGACCUCUCCGGAUUCGCCGCAGCCACGCCCCCUGAUGUCCAGUACUCAACACCUCCAGCCUUGGACGACGAACCUACAAUGCAGACAGAACAAUCCGGGUCAGGCGAGAACUCAGCUCUAGCGUCUUCUGGCGAUGAUCGGUCUCCGCCAGGGCAGUCUCAACCGUCGUCGAACGAUAUGGAUGGGUAUGAUCAGACCUCUUUCUCCGGGCUCACGUGGCAAGCCGAACAAGCAUACAAUCCGGCUUAUCAGAUCCAAGAGUUCUCUGACUUGGGAGAUAUGUUUUUCUCCAGCCUUGGGGAAACAUCGGCGGCUGGCUCCAUCUUGCCACAGCCCUCGUAUGAACUUUAUAAUCCCGAUUGGAACAUUGGUACUAAUGCCGGGAAUCCGGCAUAUUUUGAACUACCGGAUAGUGAUCCAUGGCCCUCCGCGGUGCCAGGUAUUCCUACUGCUACAGGAGGGUUUGGAGACAAACUCGAUUCGUUCGAUGGGAUUUCCAUGCCCGCUGUUGCCGAUAUACAGUAUGGCAUCAGCCAGUCCGUGACAAGGCCGUUGCAAUAUAGAAUACCUACACAUGGGCUAACUGAAUCCUACUUCCCUGGCUUAUACGGUGGUAUUUCUGACGUUGAUCAUCUCAACAACGGCAUGGUUCUCGACCCAGUUUCCCGGGCCUUUGUUGAACAACGACCCGAACCCUGGUCAUUGAAUCAUUUCACCACCUCCAUUCCUGGUACGAGCAGUCCUGGAGACUCGUCUCAGGGAAUGGCGAACUGCCACGAUCAAGACAUUCCAGAUGGGGUUAGCUUGGUGCGACGGUGCCUGCAAGAGGAGUUGGAACGGUGUCGGGCACAGUACGAGAGAUACAACACGAUGCUGGACGAGUUUGAUCAACACCUUGGAAGAAUGAAAGUCCCUCAGCGGUGCCUGCCACAUAGAGGCACCUCGGAUGUACUCGGCAGCACCAUAUUCAACCGCAGGGACCUCUUUACCCAGCACUGCAGGCGACUGGCGGAGGAGCGUAUGCACUCUCAAAGCACCAACUGGGAAGAUUGGAGUUCCAGCACAUUGCAAGACCACCACGAGGCUGCUCGUCGUCCGCUCGAAUCCACAAUUGGAGGGGGAUGGGGAUGGGGAUGGAGAUUCCGCGGCGAGCACGAACCACGACGCCACGUUGAGGACCAAAUCGGAGGCACAGAGCCAGCAAGAACUGAAAGCUCAGCAUGCUUCAAGUGUCGCUGUGGUGAUUUGUCUCAAGAUUUCUAUAGAAGUCACGGUCAAAACCCACACCGCCCUCUCGUUUUGUUCGACAAGUGGUCCUGCUGCCAAUGCCUCAAUAUUAAUUGGGCCUACCAGCUACACUUUCUUCUCAUGGUCGCUCUGCUACUCCUUCGUCUGGGAUGCUGGACCAGGAUAAACCCCUUCGCCGCUUCCCAUUACAAUAUAUUCAACUAG